CUGCCCAUACCGGAAAACCGUGUUCUUUCCAGAUUGUACAUGGAAUAAUAUGGCUUUGCUAUUGCUAUUCAGCUACACCCAAAUGGCUCUCUCUAAGAGACUGGAAAUAGCUUGGUGGGAAGCUUGUUUCCUUACCCUCAGAUUGCCAGUCCGGGCCUGGCAGCCACCCAAGGACGACAAGAAGAAGAAGGAUGCUGGCAAAUCUGCCAAGAAGGACAAGGACCCAGUUAACAAGUCUGGGGGCAAGGCCAAGAAGAAGAAGUGGUCCAAGGGGAAAGUGAGAGACAAGUUGAACAACUUGGUUCUGUUUGACAAGGCCACUUAUGACAAGCUGUGCAAGGAGGUUCCCAACUACAAGCUCAUCACACCCGCUGUGGUUUCUGAGAGGCUUAAGAUCAGGGGCUCACUGGCCAGAGCUGCACUGCAGGAGCUGCUCAACAAAGGUUUAAUUAAACUAGUGUCAAAACAUAGAGCACAGGUUAUUUACACCAGAAAUACUAAAGGAGGAGAUGCACCUGCAGGAACAGAAGAGUCUUAAUUAAUUGGACUCUGGAUUGAAGAAUUUGCUAUGUAAAUGCGAUUACAAAAAAAUAAACUGUUCUGAGAAAAAAGGCUGGUUUUAUUUCUUUAUUAAAAUGCUGUAGUGUAAACCAAAGUUCUGAUUGCCACUCAUAGAUGAAUGAUUAAUGAAAUUUUUUUUUUUUUUAGCUGUGACAUUGUAUUCUGUAUCAAAUUUAAAAUUAGUGUCUGGAAUAUUAUGGUGUUGGAGAUACUGACGCCAGAAAAUAACCUUUGUUUAUAUCCAUCAUAACAUUUAUCUUUGAAUGUUAUUUAUAAUUUUGCCAUAAGUAUUUGCCUGAUGCUUUUACAUUACAUUUCUAGCCCCCAUGUUCCGCUAUAAGGGGGCUGCCAUAUUUGUGGAGCAGUAGUCUGUUAGCAUUAGAAACUCUACUGACAGACUGAGAUGGAACAGUCAGGUUUUAGGAACUUUAAGUAAUUACUUACAAAAUCAGCAAUGUAAUUGUGAAACCAAGGAAAUUACUGAGCACCAGCGGCAUCCAUUCCAAUAAAACAAGUCAUUUAAUCGUAUCAUUAAAAUACAGGAGCUUAAAUUAUCCCCAUACUGGUAUGGAGAGGAUUAUUUAAGAUCCUGUAUUUUAAUAUGAAUAAAAGACUGGUUUUAUUGGACUUGAUCCUGCUGGUGCUCCAUACUUUCCUUGGAUUUCCCUUCUGACUCAAGCUUUCAAAUGGGGGGGUCACUGACCCCAUCUAAAAAACAAACGCUCUGUAAGGCUACAAAUGUAUUAUUGCCAUUUUUUUUUUUUUUAGAGCUUGAUGCAGUACCACCACCAUGCAUUGUGGAGGGGAUGGUGAACUUAGCCAAGCGUGACUUUACUUUGGCCAUAAUAAUUUUGGUUCCCAAAACUCCUAUGUGGCAUUGGGUAAAAUAGGCUACUAGCUUGCAUUUAAGUCAAGUGGCUUUCUUUUUGCCAAUUACAAAGCUGCAACUGGUGAACUUGGAACAAUUUUUCCACCCUUAUCCCCCCCAGUUUUCAUAUUGUUCAGUAAUAAAUACUUUAUAUUUUUUUUAAAUUUGAA